AUGACCCCGGAAUGCCAUGGCCCCAUUUGGGCCAUCGAUGACGUUUCCCGUUGCUUUCAGCGCAAUUAUCUACAAGUAAUCCUGCCGCUUACCGCAUGUGGGCUCUCGCUUUUAUUUAUCCUACUUCGUGUCGCCUAUCGUUAUUUUGUGGCCCGAAAAGGUGUCUCGUACAAGAUCCUCGUGGAUGAUGCUGCGGAAACUGAUACCCAAGUGGCCGAGGAGCAUGGAGAAGAAACGGAUCGGAUGCUAUCCAAGGCUGCGGAAGAGGAAUUGUUACAGUUUGACGUCGAUCGCCCCCGAGGUGAAGUCGCUCUGAUAACGCUCGAAGUAGCUGCGCUUCUGGGAGAAGUGGCAGUCUUUAUCGCAAUUCUGUGGACGGAUACCUGGGGUAACAGCGGUAAACUCUCUGCUGUGGCGAAACUGGUUUCGUGGAGCUAUAUCCUAUUUUUGGCAUUGGUUCGCUUGCUUCUCUCUACUCUGGACUUGCAUUUGCUUCCUAGGAUUUGGAAUCACACGGCUUGUCUGUACGGGCUCCAGUGGUUGUUCAAUGUUCUUGUGUUCCGGUCCGCUGUCAUUCAUCCCGUCUCAAGGCGUGCCACAAUCUUCACCGCGGUGGAGUUUUCUCUAUCUACUCUUCUCCUUCUCAUUGCAGUGACUACACGCAGAGGAAACAAGGCCGUAUUAGUCCCACACGAGGAUGGCAUCCAGCCAGCGAGACAUCCAACUGCCAGCUUGAUCUCCUUAGCAACCUUUGCCUGGUUAGAUCCCCUUGUCCUAAAAGGCUAUAGACAAGCGCUGGAACUCGAUGACGUUUGGAAUUUGACCUCAUCCCAAAAGGCAGCAACUGUGCUGGAAGACUUUCGCCGGAGGCAGUACAAGGGCUCGUUAGUGUGGAGACUUGGUCGUUAUUUUUGGCCCACGCUCUUGUGGCAAGGCUCAUGGACGAUUUUCUCAUGCCUUUUCACGUACCUACCUACUAUUCUCCUCAAAGCCAUCCUGGAAUAUGUGGAAGAUCCAAGGUCAACGACUGCGAAUGCGGCUUGGUUGUAUGCCAUUUUGUUGUUCUGCUCAGGAGCUAUCCAGGGUGUUGCGGACGGACAAGGUCUUUGGAUAGGUCGCAAAUUAGGCGUAAAACUUCGCGCCAUUAUCAUCGGUGAGAUCUACGCCAAAGCUCUGAGGCGCAAGGCGGGGGCGUCUGUCGAUGCUGGCAAGAAGAAGCCUGAAGAGGCGCCCCCCAGUAGUAAGAAGAAGAGAACCUUCACCUUCGGCCGAAAGAAAAAGAAGGCCACCACAACCGACCCCGAGUCAGAUGGUCAGAACGCGAAGGAAUCUGGAGAAAGCGACGAUGCUCACUCAGCCAAUACGGGCAACAUCAUCAACUUGAUGGCCAUCGACUCCUUCAAGGUUAGCGAGGUCGGUGCUUACCUUCAUUUUCUGUGGGCUAGCGUUCCGGUGCAGAUCACGAUUGCCGUCACGCUGCUCUACCGGCUUCUUGGGUUCAGCUCAUUUGCUGGCAUUGUCAUCAUGGUUUUUAUGCUGCCGGUGAACCUGUUUAUCGCGAAGCAAUUUACAAAGAUCCAAAACCAGAUUUUGGCUUCAACCGACGCUCGCAUACACGCCACCAAUGAGAUUCUGCAGAACAUCAGGAUUAUCAAGUAUUUCGCAUGGGAGCAGCGCUUUGAAGACACUGUCAAUGAGAAGCGCCAGGCGGAACUCAAGGCAUUACGCUACCGCUACAUUAUCUGGUCCACGGCAGCAACUGUCUGGUACGGAACCCCGCUUAUGAUCACUUUCGCUUCGUUUUUCCUGUACACCGUUGUCGAGGGGAAGAAGUUGACCCCGUCAAUUGCCUUCCCGGCCCUGUCGAUGUUCUCGUUGCUUCGUAUUCCGUUGGAUCAGCUGGCCGAUAUGGUGGCUCACGUGCAAGAAUCUAAAGUCUCUCUGGACCGUGUGGAUAAAUUCCUCAACGAGGAAGAAACUCAGAAAUACGAUCAGUUGGAAGAGAGCGACUCUGCUGGACAGCCAUCGAGGAUUGCGCUGGAGAAUGCCACGCUUACUUGGGGAAGCUCCAACGGCCAAUACAAAGAUGACCCGCAAAGUGAUACUACAGACGCAUUCCGCUUGAUCAAUAUCGAUGUAUCCUUCCGGACUGGCAAGUUGAAUAUCAUUGCUGGACCCACAGGCUCUGGCAAGACAUCUCUCUUGAUGGCACUCCUGGGAGAAAUGAAACUCCUGGAAGGUAGCGUUCAUUUACCCGGUGGAACUUCUAGCCGGACAGAACUUCCGGUUGACCCACAGACGGGUCUUAUGGAGAGCGUCGCGUACUGUGCGCAGGAAGCGUGGCUAGUCAAUGAUACCGUCAAGGGAAACAUUGUUUUCGCCUCACCUUGGGAUCAGCGUCGCUACAAUGCUGUGGUCAAGGCCUGCGCUCUGGAACGAGACUUUAGUAUCCUCGAUGCCGGUGAUCAAACCAUCGUGGGAGAGAAGGGUAUCAGUUUGUCAGGUGGCCAAAAGCAGAGGAUAUCCCUCGCUCGUGCCAUCUACAGCAGGGCCCGCCACCUCUUGUUGGACGACUGCCUGAGUGCGGUAGACUCCCACACCGCGAAGCACAUUUUCCGAGAGGCUCUUCUAGGACCGUUGAUGUUUGACCGAACCUGCGUGCUGGUUACCCACAAUGUUGCUCUGACUGUCCCACAAGCGGAGCAUGUUAUCGUCCUCGACAACGGUAAAGUGACCGCCCAGGGACAUCCGGACAAGGUAGCAGCGUCCGGAGUGCUGGGCGACGAACUUCUCAAGUCGCGACCCACAUCUAGGUCUAGCUCCCAACGUCCCUCUCGAAUGCCCACCGAUCUCGGAGACCGUCAUGAGGACGAUUCGCAUGCCACCAACGGUGGAAUCACCAAUGGCUCGGCCGGAAAGGGUCAAAAACAAGAGGAGGCACGACCUAAUUUGGUGGAAGGAAAGGCUACUGGUAGUAUCAAGUGGCCAACUAUCAAAAUGUACCUUCUAUCCAUGGGCUCGUGGUACUACUGGACGGGCGCUUUGUGUAUUUUCUGCUUACAGCAACUGGGAUCUGUAUCUACAAAUGUUUGGAUCAGACAGUGGGCCAACUCCUAUCAAACUGAGGAUGUCGGAACAGAUGAUGUUGGAGACUACGCUGCCCUAACGAGUUUCAAGAUCCCGUCAUUCAAUGCUGGGGGUGUGCCACGAACCUCCACACAGAGUGCCCCCACUUUGAUCCACAAGCGUCUCUUGAAUGCCGUGAUGCAUGCCAAGUUCAAGUUUUUCGACUCGACACCUCUUGGUCAAUUGAUGAACAGGUUUUCCAAGGAUGUUGAAGCUGUCGACCAGGAAGUUGCUCCGGCGGCAAUUGGUAUGCUUCACUGUCUUGCGAGCGUGGUAAUGAUUGUGGCUCUGAUUUCGGUGAUAAUGCCGGGUUUCUUGAUUGCGGCUGUCUUUAUAUCGUUGGUCUACUUUGCACUGGGAGCUGUGUACUUGAAUUCCUCCCGUGAUCUCAAGCGCCUAGAGUCUGUGCAGAGAAGUCCUCUCUAUCAGCAGUUUGGCGAGACUCUCAAUGGAAUUGUCACCAUUCGUGCCUACGGCGACGGGCCUAGGUUCAUUGUGGAUAAUCAUCGACGCAUCAACGACUACAACCGGCCGCACAUUUACCUUUGGGCUAGUAAUCGCUGGCUUGCCCUCCGCGUUGACUUCACUGGUGCUUUGGUUUCCUUCUUCACUGCUGUCUUCGUCCUGCUCAGUAUUGGAAAGAUUGACGCCGGCGCUGCUGGUCUUGCGUUGACAUACGCAGUUACAUUCACGGAGCAUGUUCUCUGGUUGGUCCGUCUCUAUUCCGAGGUUCAACAGAACAUGAACUCGGUUGAACGAGUGAAAGAGUACCUCGAGGUAGAGCAAGAGGCGGCGGCCGUUAUUCCUGACUCGAGGCCGCCAGCCCACUGGCCUAGCGGUGGAGCUGUUGAAUUCGCCAACUACACUACACGCUACCGACCAGACCUUGAUCCUGUUCUUCGCAACGUUUCCUUCACGGUGCAGCCGGGUGAAAAGGUCGGCAUUGUGGGCCGCACGGGCGCGGGUAAAAGCUCACUGGCUCUUGCUCUCUUCCGUGGGCUUGAAGCCGAGAAGGGACGUAUAGUCAUUGAUGACGUAGAUAUCGGCUCUAUUGGGCUCCGCGACCUGCGGGAGUCCAUCACGAUUGUACCACAGGAUCCAACUCUUUUCACAGGCACCAUCCGGAGCAACCUCGACCCAUUCAAUCUCUUCACGGAUGACCAAAUCUUCACGGCGCUUCGCCGGGUUCAUUUGAUUGGGUCUGGAACAUCAGGAACCGCAACUCCUGUGACAAGUUUUGCGGAACCUAUCGCGACCGCGAAUGACACUGUUGUUCUUGACAAUAAGAAUAUCUUCCUCAACCUGGAGACACCGAUUUCCGAGUCUGGAUCUAAUCUGUCCCAAGGGCAGAGGCAGCUCAUGUGUCUCGCCCGUGCGCUUCUUAAGGAGCCUAAGGUUCUGAUGAUGGAUGAAGCGACGGCUUCCAUUGACUAUAACACCGAUGCCAGAAUCCAAGAGACACUACGUGAGCUCCGGGACAGCACCAUCAUCACGAUUGCGCACCGCUUGCAAACCAUCAUUGACUACGAUAAGGUCCUAGUGCUCGAUCACGGCCGUGUGGUGGAGUACGACCACCCAUGGACGCUCAUCAACCGGGAAGAUGGUGUUUUCCGGGGCAUGUGUGACAACAGCGGGAACGCCGAGGCCCUUCUGGAUGGUGCCAAGAAGGCCUGGGAGCAUAAACGGCUUGUGGAUGACUCAUAG